AUGAAGAAGAAGAAGAAGAAGAAGAAGAAGAAGAAGAAGAAGAAGAAGAAGAAGAAGAAGAAGAAGAAGAAGAAGAAGAAGAAGAGGGUUUGAGCACCCGGACAUCUUGUUUAUUGUCCUGAGCUUUCAAACUCGUGCAGGAGUCCAUUGUCAGAGAUAGUAGCAGCAACCUCGUGACCAAGCUAAAACAGUAGAUCAUUUCUACUUUUCUCAAAAUGAUUGCAUACUUUUCACCAAGUUUGCUUUAUUACAAUUGUCGAUAAUGUUGUAUCGUAGCUAAUGUAGCAAUUUUUCAGAAACUCCAAUUCUUACUCUCAGAUUGGUGUAUUUUUGUGAUUACAUCAGAUUUCUGAAUGGUAUCACGUUGUUGAUCACAUUUCCGCCUCUCCACCUCCCCCCAUUUUCUAAUCCUGGCCUGUCAUCUGUGAAAGAUAAGGGGCUCACCGGAAAAGGGUGAUGGCGUUGCUGGAGUCUCGGAGAACUUGGUGAAUUUCCACUGUCAGAGCAAGGAUGCCGACAAUCAGUCAGAAUUUCGAAAUGACUGGUCAUGGCAGAUGGCCGAGCUAGCAAGCGCAGAGUGAAAGGACGACGGCCAAAAGAGCAAUAACCCGAAAUCCAGAGGCCCGUUUCCUACACUAAAGCAGUUUCCGGGGUAUUCACCUGACUUUUACAACCCGCCAGCGUCGGCAUAGUCCACUGACCCCAGGCAGCAAUUAGUUGCCGUUUGCUGCGACCCAGGAAUACCCUGUCAAUCAUCGAAACCUCCACUGUUGUUUGUCAAUUAGGUUGCUUUGAUGAGGGUUGUAAUUACGUCGGGGAAAUUGGAACUGGAAAGUAAAUAUUAGUACUUUAUCUGUUGCCCUCAGUAAAUAAAUAGUUAUAUUUAGCGGUUGUUAGGACGGCCCAGAACACGACGCACCGUCCCUGUCGUCCGGAGGUCACGCCUGACAAAGAACCGCAAACUUGCCGCACAGCCUCGCCUAGGAAGCCCGCAUGCGAGCCAGACAUUAGCACGCCGCUGAGUAAUGCGCGACCUCCAGGGGUCAGCAACACGCGAGGGCCUGCCCAUGCGGGCGCUCCGGACUGGACCAAUAGGAACACACAAACCAGACGAAGGCUGAACCCUUAAAUACGGAGCCACGGACGGAAGGAUUUAGAGUUGAUGUACACAGGGUGACUGACGCACUAAAGCUGUUCUAUCCUAUCCUGUCUGUCUUCUAUUCCGAACAGAACUGGCGUCAUACUAAUUGGGCGAUAUAAUAGCGGUCGUGAGAGUACUGUCAUUUCAAAUCAAAAAUACAUCAAAUGGAUAUUCAUUGGCCAAUCUUGAUGGAAUUAGGAAACCUGUGCAGUGUUCAAGUUGUGAUUAUGAGAAAAAACCGACAGGACAGGGAAGCAAAAUAUGCAUGUUAGACGGGACCGCCCUGCAGGUGGCAACAUCCAUGGACUCGAAACGCCCCUCGUCGAGGUGGAAUCCCUAGGCCGGAUAAGGUUACUCACUGCAGAUACGAUCAUAUUAUUAUUCCGGGUGACUGAAGAAAUAAUCGUCAAAGUAGCGAGACAGGAGAAGCCCACCGCCGUCGCCCACUGUCCGCCAAGUAUCGAAGCGAAGAGCGGGUAUUAAAAGGUCGCGAACAAAAUAGAAACGCGGAUAGGUGCCGCCAGGAUACGUCUUCGCUGACCGAAGAAAGCAUCAAUAAGUUGGCGAAACAGAGGAACCUGCCGCGAUCGUCUGGGUUCGAUGCCAGAAGGGAACGUUGCAAACCGCGAAGAUCAUCGUCGCAAGGUAUAGUAUCAGUAAAUUUGUCGAACUGUUAAUAACUAGAGGUUGUUCAAAUUCGAGUGGGAAUUUCCGACUGAGGAAGAACAGCAUGUACUAUCCUCCCUUAAAUUCCAGGCGGACCCUUUCUAAGGUCAAGAAGUUGAGUGUUCGGGAAUGAAGUUGCCUGUAAUGACUUUACACUUCCCGGGGUAAGGUGCUGGCGUAAUUUCAAAUCGAAUACCGAUAGUCUAGGUGUCGACCUAAGUUAUAGUGAAGACUUAUUCCAAAAAGGGCCCUCUGGGCGCUAAAAAUAAAACUAUUUUAUUAUAAUAUUAUCUGCACGCAAAAAAACAACGAACGUUUAGACGUAGAGCAGGAAGGCGGUGAAAUAAACAUGGGGGAAUAAGGCGUGACAUUAGGUCGGUCUACCGAAAUGAGAGCGUCAAUACGCGGAAGAUAAGGGCUAGAAUUAAUGCGAAAUGGAAAGCAAAGGUCAACUUGGAGUCGUUUAACUUAUAAAAACCCAAUCUUGGCCAAUUGCCUACCUUCAGUAUAAGAACUAUUGGAUUCAGCUUGAGAGGAAAGACUUCGAGUAAAGACUCUCCAAACAUUUUAGAUUUUACUACGUCUGCAUGCAUUCAUUAAACCAAACAUUGGACAUCACUAUUCAAGGAUGAGGAGAACAAACAUGCGGAAAAGUCCUGUCUUAAUUUCCGGAAGAGAAAAUUAUAUGACAUGAACCCACAUAUCUGCGUAGCACCUGCAGAAAUUUGAUUUGCAUGAGGGGAUAUAGCAAACUAGUUUGUGUAACUUAGAUCCCGGUCCUUUGUCGUGAAGCAUCCUCACAAUGGGUUCUUUUGAAAGGUUAUUAGGCCUGGAAGCUUCUUGGGACCAAAAAGCAUGAAACUACACUUGGACGAUAAUAACUCCAGCUGCCAAGUUGAGCUCCAUUUCCGCAAACAUAAUAGAUUGGAAUCAAUUGUUUCAUCGCCAACUUUGCCAAUGUCUGUUAAACAGGAUGAAACACAUUCAAAGUCAUCAGCAGAGUUGAACGUUUGCGAAUUCCCGAUAACUCUCAAAGUAUCGUUGAUGUAAGAAAGGAAGAGUAGCGGACCCAGAACCAUGCCUUGAAUUAUGCCACUCAGGACUGAGUAAGGCGUCGAGUGGCAAUUACCAGCCUUGGCCUUCUAAUGGUGGUUGGGUAAAUAGAACCCGAUGAAGCCGUGCAGAGGAGGCCGGAUGCCGAGGGCUUCCAAUUUUACUGAAAGAUGUCUAUGCAGCACACUGUCGAAGGCUUUACUAAGAUUAAAGAAGAUUACCACUUAUUACUACUCAUAACGAAGAGAAGUGGCGAGAUUAACAAAGGCAAUGUGACAAGUUUCGCAAGAUCCUUCAAGUAAAAAUCCAUGCUGAGUAGAGCUCAGUAGCUGGCUGGAUAGCCGGCUGCGGCGUGGUCGUACAGUUCUUACCACAGAAACCCCGAAAAGAUACGCUGAGAAUCAACUAGAAGGUAUCCUCGUAAGGAUGGAAGAACUUAAGUGUCAUAUGUGUCAGUGAAAAACCGUCCUUGACACCCUGACAAAUGAUAAAAGACAAGAAUUCGACAGCCACACUCAAUCCAUAAAAAGAAAACGCGGAGAGGCGAAAGUUCUGCAUUUCUUAAAGGUGUAUAUGAAAUGAAACCACAGUCACGAUUUCCGAAAGAUCCAGGUUGGCACGUACACAGCCACUCUGAUAUGACACUUGAGGAAACAUCACUUGAGGCAGUAUCACUUGGUCCUAAGUUUUGUAUACCUCGUCGAAAAGUUAAUUGGUUAGAAAUGGAAACUCAGUACGAGAACCUAUGGGACCAACCCUACGAUCUAGUGCCCACUUUCGCGGGCAGUAUCCAACAUUUUAAAUAAACGCUGGUGAAUUGCAGUUAUCAAUACCUAAACAAGGGGCCAGAAAGUCGACGACCGCUGAAAUAAGCUCACUUUGGAAAGUUAAAAGAACUUCGGGAGAACAAAGACAUCUUAGGAACUAGACCGGACAAAGGAACAGGCGUCGUUAUAACAAACAUAUCGAACUACGUGGCGAAGAUACAGUCCAUACUAUAAGCCCAGAAGAAAUUCAGGAAGGAAGGCAAAGAAAGGGUUUCGCGGAUGAGGCAGGGACAAAACGGACUGUCUAUGAAGGCUCAGUUCAGGGAUUUACAUAAGCAAACGUGACCUCGAACACCUCCGGCCAGUCGACGCAUAGAUCUCUGGGCUAUAUGGUCUAUCGACGAUCCACACGGAAGGCCUGCCAGUUCGUCUGAUUUUAUAAAUGCAAAACUUUCCGUAUCCUGCGAUAGCGAAGUGGUUAGCAGAAAAUCUCAAGCCUAUGCAGCAUCAGCUAGCACCACGCAGCUAUCGAGACACUUUCGACUUCAUUGAUAGCAUCCAAGAACUUAACCUUUACGGCAUAAUGAUGUUCUCGCUAGACGUUGCAUCGCUUCUUACAAAUGUCCCAGUCACCUGGACUGUUGAAUACAUCUGUGAAUCUCUAUCAACCGAUCAACAGGAAAUACGAAUUCCGACGAACAAACAUAAGGAACUAUAACUAAGAUGCAAAUUAAAUGUGCAGUUCCUUUUUGACAACCAACUCUAUACACAAGUAAACGACCUUGUCAUGGGCUCGCCUCUUAGACCUUUCCUUGCCGAUGUCUUCAUGGGCAAACUAGAGGGAUUCCAACUAAGUGGUCAGAUCGAUAAGCCUAAACUUCAUGGUCGUUGUGUUGAUGACAUCUUUCAACUGCCACCGCAGAAACCGAUGUAG